GAACUCCGAACUCCACAUAGUAUCCACGGGUUCCCUUCAAAUCCGCUCUUUCAAAACCCUGAUCCCUUUUAUUUCUCUCUCCCCCCUCUCUCCAAACAAAAGAGCCCUUUCAGCUCUCCCAAACUCUUCUAUUUUCGUUUCGUCUUCACGAAUUCCUUCGAAAUUUUCCACGGAUUCGAUACUGACGGCGGAUUAUGGCGCUGCAGCAGCAGCAGCAGCAGCUCAGAGACGUCGGAGGGAAGCUUGGGAGCCCUCCUGCUUCCAAAGACGCACUGAUUAAGCUUUUGAAACAAGCUGCAAAUUGUCUCUCUGAGAUAGAGCAGUCUCCAUUGCCUUCAAUGUUAGAUGCGAUGAAGCCUUGUAUUAAUGCUGUUGCAAAACAAGGGUUGCUGAAGCAUCAAGACAGGGAUGUCAAAGUUCUGUUAGCAACAUGCAUUUGUGAAAUCACGAGGAUAACUGCACCAGAAGCUCCUUUCAGCGAUGAUGUUCUAAGGGACAUUUUUCAUUUGAUUGUAAGCACGUUUAGUGGAUUAAGUGAUAUUAACAGUCCAUCAUUUGGAAGGAGGGUUGUUAUUUUGGAGUCAUUUGCAAGAUACAGAUCAUAUGUCGUGAUGUUGGAUCUCGAAUGCGAUGAUCUUAUUAGCGAAAUGUUCAGUACAUUUUUUGCUGUUAUUAGUGAUGAUCAUCCAAAAAAUGUCCUUGCGUCAAUGCAAAAGAUCAUGGUCCUUAUUCUUGAUGAGAGUGAAGAUAUACACGAUAAUCUGUUGAGUACCAUACUGUCACCUUUAGGUCGAAAGAGAACUGAUUUUUCUCUGGCUGCGAGGAGGCUUGCUAUGGAUGUUAUUAAAGAGUGUGCUGGAAGUCUUGAACCUUGCAUAAAACAGUUUCUUGUAUCAUCGUUAUCGGGUGAUAGCACCUCUGUAGAUAACACAAUUGAUUAUCAUGAAGUCAUUUAUGAUGUUUAUCAGAGUGCUCCGCAGAUCCUUUAUGGAAUCGUUCCAUACAUUACGGGAGAGUUGUUGGCAGAUGCAUUAGAUGUCCGACUAAAAGCAGUACAACUUCUUGGUGAACUCUUUGCUUUACCAGGACUUCCUAUAUCUGAAUCUUUUCAGCCACUAUUCUCUGAAUUUCUGAAAAGGUUGACUGACAGAGCUGUAGAAGUUCGUAUUUCUGUUAUUGGCCACUUGAAGAAUUGUCUGAUUUCAAAUCCUUCCCGACCUGAGGCUCCUUCAAUCAUUAAGGCUCUCAGCGACCGUUUGUUGGACUAUAAUGAAAAUGUUCGGGAACAAGUUGUUGAUGCAAUAUGCGACAAUGCCUGCCAUUCGUUGAAAAUUGUUCCAGCUGAGACUAUUAGGCUAGUGGCGGAGCGCCUUCGAGAUAAAUCUCUAUCUGUAAAAAGAUUCACUAUGGAGAAGCUGGCCGAUCUAUACAGAUUUUAUUGCUUGAAGAGCGCUGGUGGUUCAACCAGUGUUGAUGAACUUGAGUGGAUUCCUGGGAGGAUAUUGAGAUGCUUAUAUGACAAAGAUUUCAGACCUGAAGGGAUUGAACUUAUAUUAUCUGGUUUUCUGUUUCCACCUGAAUUCUCAAUCAACAAUAGACUAAAACAUUGGGCAACAGCAUUUUUGGUGUUUGACAAAGUAGAAGUGAAGGCCCUUGAGCAGGUUCUUGUGCAGAAGCAAAGGUUACAGCAAGAAUUCCAGAAGUAUCUGUCUCUUAGACAGACAUACCAGGAAAAUGCCCCUGAACUUCAAAAAAGGGUUUCUGUUUGCUUUCGGAAUAUGUCUCGGUUAUUCAGUGAAUCUACAAAGGCUGAGGAGGGUUUUCAGAUUCUCAAUCAAUUGAAAGAUGUGAAUAUAUGGAAAAUGUUGACAACUCUCCUUGAUCCUUGCACUAGUUUUCAUCAAGCAUGGUCACGUCGGGAUGACUUGCUUAAGAUACUUGGAGAUAAACACCCACUUCAUGAUUUUAUGGGCAUGCUUUCAACAAAAUGCUCAUAUCUUCUCUUCAACAAGGACUAUGUCAAGGAAAUAAUUACGGUGGCUUCUGCACAAAAGUCUGCUGGAGAUGUUCAGUUUAUAUCAUCGUGCAUGAGUCUACUUGCGAUAAUUGCGUGUUUUUCUCCUCAUCUAUUGGCUGGAUUUGAAGAGAAUCUAGUUAAUCUUCUUAAAGAGGACAAUGAAAUAAUUAAAGAAGGUGUGGCUCAUGUUUUGUCAAAGGCUGGAGGAACCAUUCGUGAACAGCUGGCGACUACAUCAAGUUCAGUUGACCUAUUAUUAGAAAGACUGUGUCUAGAGGGCACUCGGAAGCAGGCUAAGUACUCUGUGCAUGCACUGGGAGCUAUUACCAAGGAUGACGGUCUCAAGUCACUCUCCGUUCUCUACAAGAGGCUAGUGGAUAUAUUGGAAGAGAGAACACAUACACAUUUGCCAGCCAUAUUGCAGUCACUUGGAUGCAUAGCACAAAUUGCCACACCAAUUUUUGAGACUAGGGAGGAUGAAAUUUUUGGUUUCAUAAAGCACAAAAUUCUGGAAUGCAGUAAUAAGGUAAAAGAAGUUCCUAUGAAGAAAUUUGAAUCGAACAGGACUGAACUUUGUUUGUUAAAGAUAUUUGGCAUCAAAACAUUGGUGAAAAGCUACUUACCUGUCAGAGAUGCUCAUCAGCGACCAGGGAUUGAAAGGGUUAUGGAAAUCCUGAAAAACAUUCUUUCUUUCGGUGACAUUUCAGAAGAUAUGGAAUCAAGUGCUGUAGACAAGGCGCAUAUGCGACUAGCUUCAGCUAAAGCUGUUCUUCGGUUGUCAAGACAAUGGGACCAUAAAAUACCUAUUGAUGUAUUCUAUAUGACCCUGAGAAUUUCAGAGGACACUUAUGCUCAGUCUAGGAAAGUCUUCAUCAGCAAAGUGCAGAGAUAUAUUAAAGAACGACUCUUGGAUGCAAAGUAUGCUUGUGCCUUCUUGUUAAACAUCAACCAAUUCCGCUCACCUGAAUAUACAGAGGGGAAACAUAAUCUACUUGAAAUAAUUCAAGUUUGUCAGCAAGCUAAGGUGCGACAGCUUUCUAUGCAAAGUGAUGGAAACUCAACGGUAGCUUAUCCAGAAUGUAUUCUUGUAUAUUUGGUCCAUGCUCUCGCACACCAUCCUUCCUUUCCUAGUAUUGAUGAGCGCAGAGAUCUUAAAGUAUUUGAACCAUUUUACUGGCGUCUGCAUCUCUUGUUGUCUUUACUGUUACAUGGGGAUGAAGGUGGACAAUUUGGAGGCGAUCCCAGCAAGAGGGAGAACUAUAUAAAAGUAGUAUCUAUCUUCCAUAGCAUUAAGUGCUCAGAAGAUGCGGUUGACAGUGCAAAGUCAAAGGUUUCAUAUGCUAUAUGUGAUCUGGGCCUAUCAAUGGCAAAAAGACUAGUCAAUGACCAGUCUGAUAUUUCAGGAAUGGCUACUUCACUAACUCUUCCGCCUAAUCUGUAUAAGCCUGUUAAGGAGGGUGAAAAGUCUGCGGGCAACGAUGAUCAGUCUUGGUUGGGGAAUGAGAGUGUCCUAGCCCAUUUUGAAGCACUUAAGCUCGAGGAUAAAGAACCGAGCGUAUCAGGUGCAGACAAGGAUGAAAUGAUCUUAGAAGAGAAAGAUGCAGAUGGUAAUGAAAUGCCAUUAGGGAAGUUGAUGAAACUUCUUAAGUCACAAGGAGUGAAAAAAAAGAAAAGGUUGAAAAGGCAAGCUUCACCUUCUGAAACAAAAAAGCCAGAAAAUGAUUUUGAUGUCUUAGGAGUAGUAAGGGAAAUAAACCUGGACAACAUGAAAAGUGAAAAGAGCAGGCAAAUAGGUGAGUUAACCAAAGACAAUGACUCUUCAGAAAGUCAACGUAUGAGUAUAGAUAAUGACGAGGAGGGAGCUUCAGUAUCUCGUAAACGGAAGGAAACCAAUGGCAUUGCUUUGCUCAACGCGCCGACUCCAAAGCGCAAAAGGUCAGCUAAAGUGCAGAGGUCUCCAUCUAAAAGCGCCAAAGGCGAGAAUGGAAGCAGAGUUCUAUCCUAUUCACGUGCUAAUAAUGUGGACAAGAAGAAGGGCUUAUCCUCUGCGCAAAAGUUGUUGAUGGAGGAUGUUGAAUCUUCCAAUCCAGACUUGUUGGUUUCGCACUUGCCAACAAUCAAAAGCACUUCAAGUAGGAAUUAUGUUGAACCAAAGACCAAAGAAGCUAUCAUAAAAAAUGAAGAGAAAUCAGCCAUCUUAGGAGUCACUGAUAAGGAAAUUGGAAGCUCAGAAAGCUCUAAGGGUUCUCUUAAGAAGAGAAAAGUCAGAAGCAUUUCUGGUUUGGAAAAGUGUUCCUCACAUGGGAUUCUAUUGAACAAUGAAGAGCUUGUUGGAUCCAGAAUAAAAGUUUGGUGGCCACUGGACAAAGCGUUUUAUGAGGGUGUCGUGCAAUCUUAUGAUCCAGGGAAGAAGAAAUAUAUGAUAUUGUAUGAUGAUGGAGAUGUAGAAGUCCUCAACUUAAACAAGGAGAAAUGGGAACCUAUCGCCAACUCUGACAUUCCCAAAAAGCAACAAAAUUUCCAACAAUCACCAUCACAUAAAGAAAUGCCAUUUCAGAAGAUAAACAAGAAAAGUAGCUCAUCCAGUUCUAGAAAGAAAGUGAAUUCUGCAAAGAAGGGGCGAAGAAAACCUGCUCUGAAAAAGCGCACAGAACUUAACUGUAGAAAGGCAUCAAAAAAUGAGAGUCAUACAGAUGGAAGUGAUGCUGAAGGCAAGGGCGAUUCUGAUUUAGUAGAUGCUCAUUUUCAUUCUGGCUCCGAGGUUGAUGAUGUCAGUUCAGAUCGAGGUCACAAGGGGAAUACUCCUUUAGAAGCUGAAGAUAAGACUACAGUGAAAUCAGUACAGUCAUUGGAGGAACCAUUGCAUGAAGAAAAAUCAGAUCCAACCAGGACACAUGUUGAGGAAAAUUCUGAUGAUGAGCCUCCUAGUAAAUAGAAGAUGUGUGCUGGGGAAGAAGUAUGGAGCUUCAAUGUUUAUCCGCUAGCAUGAUCUCCCUUUACAACAUGAGCUUGAAUGCGGGUCUGAUGAUCUGUUCAUUGCCGAUUUCAUGUGUGCUUGAGUGAAUCCAUUGUAAAUGCAGUGGCAAUGACAAACUGUUUUCUGAAGCAGUCUACAUCUUUAUUGUCAGCUGACAUGACGUUUGUAGCUUGUAUGCUUAGAUUUUUAGGAUUACUGUAAGUUCGUGAUGGUGGCAGAAGUUUUUCUUUUCUCUUAGCUUUUUUACUUUUCUCAGGUAGAGUAUAUGUGAAUUUCAUUGGUGUAUUCAACUGUAUGUUCGUGUAUUCAUGAUUCUUUGUGCACCUGGGUCCAUGUCAAAGUUGGCAUCAGUAACUUAGGCGUACUGGAGUAUGAACUGCCUUUGAGCCAGAGCUAUGACUCGUCUUAUUGCCAGAUGCUUCUUUGGCAGCUGACUUCAUUUGUUGAUAAACUAGCACCCCAUGGGCCGUCCUUGUAAUUUGUAACAUGCUUGUUAAUGGUCGUGUCUGAUUUGACUAGAAAAUGAUAAUGGGUUAAUAUAACUGGGGAAUAAGUUGAUGUUGCUAACCCUUUUAAAUAUCAGAUAAUUUGUAGCUGCUGGAGUUAUUU